AUGCGUCUGGUGAUAUUCUUCUACUUCAGCCUGGAUGAUGCUGCAGCCAGACUGACAGCCCGGUCCAGGACACUACAGUCCGGUAGUGACGACAGACUGUUAUGGCUCAGGGAAAACUCACAGAGCUACAGCUGGCAGAGAGCAGAGGUCACGUUCUCGUCAUCAGCCAACAGCAAGAUUGUCUUCAGAUAUGAGCACGGGGACAGUCACAGAGGGUUGGUUGCUCUGGACGACGCAUCUUUCUCCAAAGAGUGUGUAUUUGACCCUGACAACAACAAUCUGCCUGACAUAUCACCCACUUCUACCUCACCUUCGUCCUCCAACCCACCCACUUCUCCAGCCACACCCUCAACCUCAACCGCACCAAUCGCCCCCUGUCAGGAUAAUGAGUUUUUCUGUUGGCGGUCAGCAGGAAAAGUGUGUGUUCUGGCUACCUUACAGUGUGAUUAUCAUGCAGACUGCCCACAGGGGGAGGAUGAGGAUGGCUGUGGUCCGUGCACGUUUGAGAGUGGCCAGUGCCAAUGGACUGACACUAGUGAAGGACCGAGCAAGUGGCAGAGACAGAAAGCCAGUAACAACACCGAGCCACCCACUGAUCACACUGGCAACACAGGCUACUACAUGAGAGUGAAUUUCAGUCAGGGAUCCACACAGAGUGAGGCCCAGCUCCAGAGUCCCCAACUCCCCCCUUCAUCCCCCUACUGCCAGAUUCUGUUUCACUUCCACAUCAGUGCAGAGAGUGCUGGGUCACUCAGAGUGCUUAUGCAGCAAGCUGAGGGGAGUGAAGCAAUCCUGUGGUCACGCAGUCACAACACUGUCUCCCAUUGGACCUCAGAGUAUCUGCUUCUAGGCCCGCACCAGCAGCCUUAUAAGGUUUUGUUUAGUAGCUUGGACAAAGCGAGUCAGGGGGGAGCAACCACUGCAGAGCGUGUUUUUGCUGUUGAUGACAUCUCUUUUCUAAACUGUGAAAAGUCGUACCAGCCACCAGCUCUGUCUGCCUAUGACUGUCCUUUUGAAGAUGGUCUGUGUGUUUGGGUGCAGGGGGCAGAAGAUGAGUUAGACUGGCUCAGCAUGUCAGGUCCCACUGAAACCCCCAACACCGGACCUGCAGGAGACCACACCACCGGCAAAGGGACAUACCUUUACAUCGAGAGUUCCCUACCAAGUGUGAAGGGGAACAAAGCCCAACUGAAGUCUCCACUGCUGCCACCUGCUGGAGAAAAAGGAUACUGUCUCACAUUUUGGUACCACAUGUUUGGUGCUACUGUGGGCUCUUUGAGGAUACUUCUACAAUCUGCUGAUCCCUUAAAGAAAACACUGGUUUGGCAAAAAUCAAGAAAUCAAGGGGAUGAGUGGCUGCUGGUGCAGAGCCACGUGACGUUGCAGAAAGUCCACCAAGUGGUUCUGGAGGCUACAGUUGGAGGAGAGGCUGGAGACAUAGCCAUCGAUGACAUCUCCCUUAUCAGUGGACCGUGCAAAGCCUCUGAUUUGUGUGACUUUGAGGAGGGGAGUUGUAACUGGCAGCAGCAGACCACUGAUGACUUUGACUGGGUCAGACAGUCGGGCUCCACUCACAACCCCAACACAGGACCAGACGGCGAUCACACCACUAACACACCUGCGGGCCAUUACUACUACUUGCCCUCCUCUGUUUCUGACAUCGCCGGCCAGACAGCUGCAAUGUCUUCACCACUGUACCCUGCAGGAAAAGGAGCUUGUGUGCAGCUGUGGUACCACAUGUAUGGCAAAGGCAUGGGGACGCUGAAUGUUUACCAGCAGAGCGAGGACGGGAAGGAAACUCUGAUUUUCUCUCAGACAGGUGACCAGGGCCGGCUGUGGAGGUUUGGUCAGGCUUCACUUCUGCCUCGGGUUCAGCCUUACAGGAUUGUGGUGGAAGGUGUGAAGGCUGGCCCCACCCAGGAGGGAGACAUGGCUUUUGAUGAUGUGCAGCUGUCAGACGCUCAGUGUCCUCCUCCUGGAUUUUGUGACUUUGAGAGGAACAUGUGUAGCUGGAGCAACCUGGGUGGAAGAGUCGACCAGGGGGACUGGCUCCGCGGCACAGGAGCCUCUCCAAACCCCAACACCGGACCCAGUGUUGAUCACACCACCAACUCAACACAUGGUCACUAUCUGUAUGUGGACAGCUCAGUGGGUGAGUGGGGAGACAUGUCCUUCCUGAUCAGUGAUGUGUUCCAGCGGUCCACUAGAGGGCACUGUCUCACAUUCUGGUACCACAUGUAUGGCAGCCAUGUUGGGACUCUCAGAGUUUACAUAAAUGACAGAAAAAUGCAUGCUGGUGGCAACGAAGAAGGGAUUCUGAAGUGGAUUGAGUCAGGAAACAGGGGAGACAAGUGGCAGAUGGCUAGUUUAUCUGUUAAACAUAAAGAAGCAUUCUGGUUUGUGUUUUCGUAUCAGAAGGGGUUGACGUCAGGUGGGGAUGUUGCUCUUGAUGAUAUCACCAUCGCCCCUGGCAGCUGCUACUCAGAUCCACCCAUCGACCCUCCUGAUGAUACGUUGUCCGUCGGCCUCGCAGUUGGUCUGACUCUGCUGGCUGGAGUCAUCAUCUCCAUCUUCCUCUUCAUGCUGAACAGGAAACGUAGUAAAAUGAACCAGUCAACAGUCAUGAGUAAUGAAGUGACUGAGCCUAACUCUGUGUUUGACCUCUAUGACUGCAAAAUAGAUGACACUCAACCUGGAGCCGGCUUUUCCUAUAUCAACAAGCUGUAUGAUCCAUCAUCACAUCGAACUGACACCACUGUGGUUUCAUCUGAUGCUUAGUCCAGAUUGAUAAUUGUAAUAAAACAGAAAAACCUAUUUGUAAA